CUUCCUGAAAGGCCUCAGAGCUGCCGGGCUUGAAUGAGUGGCAUCCCAACGCUCCAAUCCGAGGGAGCACCAGUGUCCCCUGCAGUCCCUAGUUAGCUCCCCACCAUAGUCUGUUGGGUUGCUGUUAUUGCAACCGCUGGUGGGGUUGGAUAAGCGGCAUCGCUGUAUAUUUUGCUUUCGGUGGCUGGACGCUGUUGUUCUAAGGAACUAUAUUGGGAAGAGUCCAUAGCUCAGUGAUGCAUCAAAUCCUUUGCAUGCAGAAGGUUCCAGGUUCAACCUCAGGCAUCUCCAGGUAGGCUGCAGUAAGGUUAUUUGCAUGAGAUUUGGUAGGAUGAAUGCGUUUGCAGCAGAUACGAAGGCUGCUCAUUAGACACGACUCCUGCCAGAAACCCAGGAGAGUCCCGGCUGAAAUGGCCAAAUACAAAUUAGUGCUGCUGAGGCAUGGCGAAGGGGCCUGGAACAAAGAGAACCGCUUCUGCAGCUGGGUGGACCAGAAGCUGAGCAGCGACGGUGUGAAGGAAGCGCAGAACUGUGGCAAGCACCUCAAGGCCCUCGGUUUUGAGUUCGACCUGGUCUUUACGUCCAUCCUGAGCCGUUCGAUCCAGACUGCCUGGCUUGUGCUGGAGGAGAUGGGGCAGGAAUGGGUGACCACCGAAGCGUCAUGGAGGCUGAACGAACGGCACUAUGGGGCACUGAUAGGCCUCAACAGGGCCGAAAUGGCUCUGAACCACGGGGAGGAGCAGGUGAAAAGGUGGAGGAGGAGCUACGCCGUCACCCCGCCUCCCAUCACAGAGUCCCAUCCCUACUACCACGAGAUCUACAGUGAUCGCAGGUACAAGCACUGCGACGUGCCCUUGGAAAAACUCCCAAAGGCCGAGAGCUUGAAAGAAGUGCUUGACAGACUCCUUCCCUAUUGGAACGAGAGGAUAGCCCCGGAGGUGAAGAGGGGCAAGACCGUUCUCAUUUCUGCUCAUGGGAACAGCACGAGGGCUCUGCUGAAGCAUCUGGAAGGCAUCUCUGAUGAGGCCAUAGUCAAUGUGACCCUCCCCACCGGCAUUCCAGUUCUCCUUGAGCUUGACGAGAAUCUGCGCCCGCUUGGCCCACACCGGUUUCUUGGAGACCAAGAAGCAAUCCAAGCUGCCAUCAAGAAAGUGGAAGAUCAAGGGAAAGCCAAGCCAAUCAUUGAGAAAUAGACCACUGUCUUUUACCAUAUGUGGUAAAGGAUAAUGCUUUGUGAUUGCACAAUGUGGGCUUGCUUAAUUUUAAGUUCUCAGUAAGGAGUAGCUAAUGGCAGUUCAAUGUUAGUACUUCAGCUUGGAAGACUAGAUCCCGGUACCAGUGACAGUAGAGAGUGAAUUGUCUAGAUGGCAGCCAGCACAACAGAAGGCUGUUGUAUAAUCUUCACAAACCCCUUGAAGCUCAGGACGAGAAUCAGUAUGCUAUGGACUGGUAUCAAGUUUCAUCCACGCUCUAAGGAUGAAAAUACUUUCUGCUUAACAAGGGAGAACGGCAAGCUCUCAGGUCCACAAAUGCUAAACCCUCACAGAAAUGCUUAAUUCAGAGUAUUACUUACUUCCCCCAAGAAAGUUCUUACUGUUUGUAAGUAGACAUCCUCCAGGAUCAUCUCUGCCACCAGAUUAAUAUAUUUGCUUGGUAGACUGGUAUCCCUUAUAUUGCAUGGUUGACCGUGUAACUUUGAACAAGGCCCUUGGUAUUUACAAGCGCAAGAAUGUUCACACUGCUUGAACUGUCUCAAGUUUCUCUUCCCUCAGAGAAGACUAUAAGAAAGUGAAGCCCAAGUUGGAGCUGACCUUUAGACGAGGUUCAAGAAGGGUAAAUGUUGAUGAUACCACAUCCCCUACACCAGUUUUGAAACACUUACCCAAUUAUACAUUUUGCUGAGAGGAUAUAAACUAUGCUUUAGAGAUAGGUGAGGUGUGUGUGUGUGUCGUUUCUUUCAUUCCCCAACCAGCAGUUUCCAUGCACUGCAUCCUGUAGGAAGUCUGACCUGGUCCAGGUACUCUUGUGCCCUGCCUUUUUUCCCUCUCUACUUUGUUCUCCUUCUCCCCUUGCAUACCUGGCUGAUUUGAAGCUUCUUGGUUUGUUAAACCACGGCUUCCUGUGAUGUCUGAAUUGGGAACAUAGGAGACUGCCUUCUAUUGAAUCAGACAAUUGGUCCAUCUAGCUCAAUAUUGUCUACACAGACUGGCAGCAGCUUCUCCAAGGUUGCAGGCAGGAGUCUCUCCCAGCCCUAUCUUGGAGAUGCCAGGGAGGGAACUUGGCACCUUCUGCAUGCAGCUGCUCUUCCCAGAGCAACCCCAUCCCUUAAGGGGAAUAUCCUACAGUUCUCCCAUUCAAAUGCAAACCAGGGCAGACGCUGUUUAAGAAAGGGGACAACACAUGCUUGCUACCACAAGACCAGCUCUCCUUCCAGUUGGGGAACCAUGGCUGAAGUGAUCCCUAUAAACCUGAACCCAAGUUUAAUCCUAGUUUAUAAUCCAGGUUUGUAGGGAUCAUGUCAAGCCCAGUUUUCUAGGAAACCGUGGUUUAAGAAACCAGCAAACUUGAAAGCCAUCUGAGUGUGCAAGGGAAGUAGGAAAGGGGAAGGGAGAGCUUGUGCUUGCGUCACUUAUUUGCAAUCCAUCUGUAGUUUCUUAGAUAAUCUGAACUGGGCGUUUCUGCAGAAGCAACUGGCUCUGACACAGUGUUAAUUGCAUUCUCUCCAGGUGGUUCCCAACCUGGGGGCUUCCAGAUGUUCCAGCUGCUGCCAGUCUGUGUAGACAAUACUGAGCUAGAUGGACUAAUGGUCUGACUCAGUAUAUGGCAGCUUCCUAUGUUGCUGAACCACAACUUCCACCAGCCCCAGCCAUAAUAAAUUGUAGCUGGGGGUGAUGGGAGUUGUAGUUCAGCAACAUCUGGAGCCCCCCAGGUUGGGGACUACUGCAUCUACCCUAUAUGGCAUGUUAUCUAAAACUUAGGUACCCAGCUGUUGAGACAACUCUCAUCAUCACCAGCCAUUCAGCCUUUGUGACUGGGGAUGAUGGGAUUUGUAAUCCAACAAUAACUGGGGACUCAGAUUUGAGACCCCACCAUAUAGAUAUGUAUGCAAGGCCUAUAAAGUGACUGUAUAUGAGCAAGGGCUCUGCUCGAAUAGAAACCCUUUAAGAUUUUAGGAUGUUGAUAAGCCUCUUUUCUAGAGCUCAAAGUGGUUAAGACCACACUCAAAAGAAAAGAAAAAUAAUCUGUAUAAAACAGUAAAGUCACCAAAGGUUCUGGAGUGAAACAUAAGUCAUGGGAUAAGAGGACAGGUCCUCUUUUGUUCUAGUAACUCGCUAAAGCAUAGGAACCAGAGAGUAGGAAUGAAUGGAGAAUUUUCAUACUGGAGAGAAGGAAGAAGGGGGUGGAGUUCCCAAGGAACUUUAUUAGGAUUGGUGCUUUUUUAUUUGUUCAUAAAUGAUCUAGAGUUAGGGGUAAGCAGUGAGGUGGCCACGUAUGUAGAGUUUAGCAGGAUGGUAAAAGCCAAAAUGGACUGUAGAGAGUGCUGAAAAGGUCUCUCUCAACAGGAUGAAUGGGCAAUAAAAUAGCAAAUGUGGUUUAGUGUGAGGUGAUACACGUAAUCCCAACUUCACAUGCACAGUGGUGGGGUCUGAGCCUUGGUGGCUAACUAAGAAAGAGACCUUGGGAUUGGGGUAGAUAGUGCAAUUAAAAUGUCAACCUGGUGUGUGGCAGCCGUGAAAAGGCAGGAGAGGAGCAUGCCUUGAUCUCUUGCCUGUGGGUUUCCCAGAGGCAUCUGGUGGGCCACUUUGGGAGACAGAGUCCUGAUAGGACUUGAUAGGCCAUGGGCUGUUCUUAUAGAAAACAAUAUAGAACUAGCCACCGAACCAUUCGGGGUUUAAUGUCUUGGCCAGCCUUCAAAAGAGCCCUUAAGACAUCUUUUUCUUUCUUUUAGUACUCUCUGAACAUUUUAAAUUUUUUAAUUGCUGAUUUUAACAGUUUUAUUUUUCCCCUUGUGUGUAUUUUUGUGAACCACCUAGAGCCUUUGGAGUCAGGCGACAUAUAAAUUUAAUAAAUAAAUAAUCAUCACUAUAAUACGUUUAUUAACUGAAAAAGAAAAUCCCACCAAUCAGCUGUUUGGUAGGGAAGGGGGACUAGAGGCAAAACCGUAUCUAAGCCCCAGUUCCCCCUCCCAAACAUCCAGUUAGUGGGAUUUCAGCUUUGUCUUUCUGGGGUUCAUGGGUGCAGCACUAGCUGUUGCAUGCCCAGCACCUCAAAUAUACAGAGAAAACUAUAGCUAACUAGAUGCUUUCUUAUGUGGGAAGAUAAGUAUGUGGAACCUUUUACUGGAAGGGGAGGGCUUCUCAACAAAGCAACACUUCGUAAUGCAAGACUUCCUAGCAGUGUUCCCUCUAAAGUGUGCACAUGCUCACAUUUUUGAUGUCCAUUCAGUUAACUUUAGAUCCCACUCAGGUUGAAUGAGGAAGGCCCCACUCUGGAUGUACAUGUGCACACCCACUGCUUUGAUACUGCCGCCUGGAACAAAACUAAUUUAAAAACACUAAUUUAAAAACACAUAAUUUAAAAACAAAACUAAUUUAAAAACUAAUAAAACACAGAUGAAACAAAAUUAGAACACUGCCUCCUAGGGGGCUAGUCCAAGGCUACAAAACAGUUUGUAGCAUUUGGAUAAUUAAUUCCUUGCAUCCUCAGCCUACCCUCCCCGCCACACCGCAACCCCCCCUCCACACUUUUUAGUGGAGAGCCUGAUCUGCUCUCUGCCAAAGGCUCCUGAGGCCAGAGAUGAUGGAAGCUGUCAUCCAAGAGCUGGGGACCCAUGUUUGAGAACCCCUGAGAGAAUUCAUUCCAUGUAUUCCCCCCCCCCCCUUUUUAGUAGUGAGCCUGAUCUCUGUGUGCACAUUGGGCAAAAAGAAGAGGGGUUUCCCACACACUUAGAACUGUGCUGUCACGUAAACCACAUACUGGCAGGAAGCCUUUUAUCUCAGACACUGAUGUGCCAGACUAGUGCAGGGAGACUGUGGUUUUGAAUAAAACCUGCAGCAGAAACAGCCUUUUGUAAGUCUGGUGAUCUUUCCCCCACUCCUAGGAUAGUAAUUCUCUGUGCAGGCAUAUGCUGUUUGCUAGCAAUAGCUGUGCAUAAGGUCUCUUGCUGAUCACACCUGGACAGUCCAAAAAGACGAUACUGCUAAUCAUCUAAGGCCAUCCAGUUUUGAUAAAACCAGAAGGUGGACUUUUGAGCACCAUUUUCCCUCCACGACAACCUCCUCUCUGAAUGUGUUCCCUUCUGGCAAGAGCUGUGAUUUACCACGUCCCACAGUAUUGUCUUAACACUAAAGUUUGCCAGUGUCAUAUCCAAGAUCCCACCAUAUGAGUGACUGGGAGAGGAGUUUCCCUUAGAAGAGUGACAGGAAAAAUGUACCUUGUGACAACUUUAUUUUUAAUCUUAUUUAACAUAUUUAUGUAUCACCCCAAAUUCAUGUGUCUAUGACAUAAAAACAAUAAUAUGAGGAUCUGUCCUAAAUAUUUGCACAAAGCUUCCUUCAGAACUGCAGAGUGGCAGUUCAAAUGGACUGUUGCAGUCUAGAACUAGUCAGAUACCAUGCUGAACGAGUGUACAGAUGAGGAGAGCUGGUCUUGUGGUAGCAAGCAUGACUGGUCCCCUUUGCUAAGCAGGGUCCACCCUGGUUUGCAUUUGAUGGGAAACUACAUGUGUGAGCACUGGAAGAUAUUCCCCCUUAGGGGAUGGGGCUGCUCUGGAAAGAACACCUACAUGCUUGCAAGCAGAAGGUAUCAGGUCCCUUCCCUGGCAUCUCCAAGAUAGGGCUGAGAGAAACUCCUGCCUGCAACCUUGGAGAAGCUGCUGCCAGCCUGUGUAGACAAUACUGAGCUAGAUGGACCAAUGGUCUGACUCGUUAGAUGGUAGCUUCCUAUGUCUGCAAACUCAUGUUGUGUUCGCGUCUUUAUUUCACCCCAUCUUAGAUUUCAAAUGGGUCGGCCCAUGUGCUAUAAACCAAAGAGCUUCACCCACUGUAUUCCAACUCUGCAAAUUCAGCAAAGGUAAAGUGUGCCGUCGAGUUGAUUUCGACUCCUGGUGCCCACAGAGCACUGUGGUUUUCUUUGGUAGAAUACAGAAGGGGUUUACCACUGCCGCCUCCUGUGCAGUAUGAGAUGAUGCCUUUUAGCAUCUUCCUAUAUUGCUGCUGCCCGAUAUAGUACCAGCGGGGAUUCGAACCAGCAACCUUCUGCUUGUUAGUCAAGCAUUUCCCCCGCUGCGCCACUUAAGGUGGCUCCCAGCAACUAUACCUGCAUUCAUUUUAAAAGUGAACCCAAGUACAGGCCCCUCAAGUGCAUGCUACAGAUAGGAAGUGUACUGCUGUAUCUGCGUUCAGCAUACUGUGCAAAUAACUGUCUACACUCGUCCAAGUGUUGUACAUAACGUGAAUACGGCAUGUGUGUCCUUCCCUUCCUCCGGCACCUCAGACUUUGGCCACUCAGUAUAUAACACAAUGGCUUUCUCUGCUUCUUAAAUGCAUUGGCUGUUGAGGUAGUGAUUUGCGCUUAUUAAAAGUUCUGAGUGGAUCAAUUGUACCAACAAAGUACGACUGAUAUCUCAGUGAGGAGCUUUUUCUACCAUAUUUACCCAAAUAGAAGGUGACUCAAAAUUUAAUACAAUGCCUUAGAAAAUAGAAGUUAAAUACAGGUUAUACCUGUACUUACCGAAAGAAAAAGGACAUGAAUUCAAGACAACCCCUUAUAUUUAACAGGAAAGAAUGGGGUGGGAGACUAAUCUUGGAUUCAAGUACAUAGGAUAUAUAUUUAAAUGCAUGAAUAGCUUUUGGAAAGUCCGUCCUCCGCCACCCCUUCUGUUUACUCUUUUGAGAUUCAAAUGUGUUGCUUUCACUGAAGUUCAGGAAGAGAACACAAUUUCCAUAGAUCAGUCUGCUGCCCUCAAAGAUAGAAUAAGAAACGCCUGGCUUCCCAUCAUGUAAUGAUUGUAGUGAGCAUAGUUCGCUAUUGGGUAUGUGCAUGGAACCGAUUUGCCCGGUUUGGUUCAAAUCUGAACCAGACUCAAACCAGACUGGACAUGUUCUGUUUUGACACCCUGAAUGAGGGCCCUGGCUUGGCUCAAAUUCAAACUGGUUUGGGCCCAGUUUGGGGGUUUCAGUGACAUUAAAUUUUGUUUUAUUAAAAGAUGGACUUACCGCCACCGAGGGUUUGGCAGCCUCGGGGGGUGCUGCUGAGGCUGUGGGGUGGUCUCCAGCGGCUCCCCUCCCCCCAGUCUCCCACAGGCUGGUUCGGCCCAUUUUGGGGCUGCACCAGCCAUGCAAAUGGGUAUUGCACGAUCACAGAGGGCUGAAAUGGGAGACUGGAGGGGCUGCUGGAGACACACACCCCAAAGCUGCUGAAGCCCUCAGUGGUGGUAAGUCAACUUUAAAAAAAAACAAAAUUUAAUGAUGCUGAUACCCCCAAACCGGCCCGGGGGGCUCAGCUCAACCUUGACCCAAACCAGGUCCAGUUCAAGGUUGAGCCCUUUAACCAAGCUGGGGUCCCCCUCAACUUUCUCUAUGCAAUUCCCCUGUUCUUGGGAGGCUGCCAAGCAGCCCGCAGCAGUUGUGGUUUUUUACAUGCAUUUAUUAUUCCUUGUAUAUGAUAUUUUGAGUCAUAAUUGGCUUAAUUGGUUAAGCUCAGCAAAGGUCUGCUUCCUGUUGGCAGAGGAAGGUGUUACAGCCAGCCUGUGCAAUGAAACCCACAAACCUGAACUCCUGAAGAUAUCCCAUCAACCCAUUCUUAGUGCUUGCUUGGGACUGUCAAAGCAGACCACAAUAAAGAAGCUGCGUUCAGGUUGGUGGGUGGGUCGCAAAUAUUGCAGAACUGUUUAACGUUAUGUAGGUUCUUCCUUAUAAGUGUGAGGUUUUCUUAGAGUGGAUGAUUGUAUGCCCACUAUGGUUCCACCAGAGCAGGUAUAGGCAACUUGAACUUUCCAGCUGUUGCUGAACUACAGUUCCCAUCAUCCCCAGCCACAAUUAUGGCUGAGGAUGAUGGGAGCUGUAGUUCAGCAACAGCUGGAGAGUUCAAGUUGCCUUCUGUUGCACUAGAGACUUCUACUCAUGAUCCAGAAGGCUAUGAUUAAUACAAUGAAUAAUUAUUUAUUCAUCACAGAAGUCUUAUGAAUUUCAUAACAGUCCCCAAUACAUUCAGUAGUCCUUGUUCCACUACAUUCUGCCCUGAUCAUACUACCACAAUAUUAUUAUUAUUAUUAUUAUUAUUAUUAAUUCAAUUUCUAUGCCGCCCUUCCAAAAAUAGCUCAGGGUGGUUUACACAGAGAAAUGAUAAAUAAAUAAGAUGGAUCCCCGUCCCUAAAGGGCUCACAACCUAAAAGAAACACAAGAUAGACACCAGCAACAGUCACUGGAGGUCCUGUGCUGGGGGUGGAUAGGGCCAGUUACUCUCCCCUGCAAAAUAAAGAGAAUCACCACGUUAAAAGGCGCCUCUUUGCCAAAUUAGCAGGGGUAUGGCCGUGGGGAGAGAAGACUGAGCAAAAGAAAAAGCAUCAGCUUCUAAAUUGUCCAGGAGGAGUUACAAAAUUGCAAUGAGCUACAGUAUGUGGGGUGGUUACUACAGCUCUGUGCAGUAGUAACUCUUUCUAGGGAUGUACAUGAAUCUGUUCGGAAGCCCUUUUAUGGGCUUCCGAACAGGUUAGACAGACCGGCCGUUCGGCCAGUUUGAAGGGGUGUGUGUGUGUGUGUGGGGGGGUGAUACCUUUAAGGGCACAGGAGGGUGUUCUUACCCCUCCCGACACAUUUCCACUGCCGGUGCUGCACUUUAAAAGGGCCGAGCGGGGUGGCAGCACACCUCCCUGUUGCCCCAUUGCCUCAUUGGACCGGAAGUACCCAGUGCGUGCACACAUGAGGCCCUCACGGGCGCACACACCCAACAUGCGCAUACACGCUGGGUACUUCCAGUCCGACAAGGCAGCAGGGAGGUAUGCUGCCUCCCCGCUGGACCCUCUUAAAGUGCAGCGCCAGUGGGAGAAAUGUGGCAGAAGGGAUAGGAGCACUCUCCCCCACCCUUAAACGUCCCCUCCCCACCUUGGAGUCACCCCCCACCAGUUCCGUGCACAUCCCUAACUCUCUACUCUUUCUGCAUUAGGCCGUGAGGCACUCUGCCAUUCAGCAGAGAGAGGUUUCUCAGUAGAGAUGCAAAUUCUUUUUGGAAAUUUUGGAGACACCACAAAAGUUGUAUCCUCUAGAGGGGAGAUCUCAGGAGUGGAAACUUGAAGGGAGCUCUGGAAUAUGUGCACUACUUGGUUACCCAAACUAAACUGCUGACACCUGUACAAGUGACAAAUUGAAUUAUAUUUGCACAUACAGAAUGCUGCUUUUGUGUCUUUAUGAAAUGAGUAAAGAUCCUUAACACUCGA